CGAGAGCCCUUAUUCUUACCGUCAUCCGUCUCUCUCUCUUCUCUCUCUCUUGUUGUCUGUUUGGAUAAACCCUAGAUCAAGGCAGAACUGAUAAUCGAGAGACCCCUCCAUUUUAUACAGCUUCUCUUCUCUGGAGGAAUCAAUAAUAAAGCCCUAAAAUUGAUCCCGAUCAUUCGAGAACCAAGCUUCUGGAUUGUGUGGGGGAAACACUCUUUUGUCUUUUCGAAAACCUUAAAGAUCUGAGGCGGAGUUGUGUGCUAAUGUCUACUAACAAAACCCUGAAUAUGCUGGAAAGCUUGGUUAAAGACUCUUCUUUCAAAUGGCUCCUCGGCAAACAAAGCUCCUUCGACGAAGAAAUCGAGGAGCUGGGAAGAUCCCCUUCUGCUGGCACCAACUGGAUCCCUGAGCUCUCUCCUGUUGCCAAUGUCGUUGUCCGCAGGUGUUCCAAAAUACUCGGAGUUUCAGCGAAUGACCUGAGAGAUAGUUUCAAACAAGAGGCAUCCGAAUCUUUAAAACAGCCUUCUCUAUUUGCAAGGAACUUUCUAGAGUACUGUUGUUUCAGAGCACUUUCGCUCUCCGUGGGAGUAACAGGUCAUCUAGCCGAUAAAAAGUUUCGGCGUUUGACUUUCGACAUGAUGGUUGUCUGGGAAGUCCCAGCUGUUGCUAGCCAGGCUCUUCUCAGUGUAGAAGAAGAUGCAACAGUGAGUCUAGAAGCCUUCUCACGGAUAGCACCAGCAGUUCCUAUUAUAGCUGAUGUCAUCAUCUGUGAAAAUCUCUUCGGUAUGCUUACUUCUUCAACCGGUGGUCGACUCCAUUUCUCUGUUUACGACAAGUACUUAUGUGGACUCGAGAGAGCAAUAAAGAAGAUGAGGACUCAGUCAGAGUCAUCUCUGCUCUCCGGUGUACGACCAAAAAAGGAGAAGAUUCUUGAAAUAGACGGGACGGUUACUACGCAACCAGUUCUCGAACACGUGGGAAUGUCAACAUGGCCAGGUCGCUUGAUUCUGACGGACCAUUCGCUAUAUUUCGAGGCCUUAAAGGUCGUCUCUUACGACAAACCAAAGCGGUAUGACUUAUCUGAAGACCUAAAGCAAAUAGUCAAACCGGAGUUAACCGGUCCUUGGGGCACUCGGCUUUUCGACAAGGCCGUCUCUUACAAGUCUAUAUCUCUAUCAGAACCGGCGGUUAUGGAGUUCCCGGAGCUUAAAGGCCACACAAGGCGUGACUACUGGCUAGCUGUUAUACGAGAAGUGUUGUACGUUCACAGAUACGUAAACAAGUACAAGAUCACUGGUUUGGCGAGAGACGAAGCACUCUCGAAGGCUGUGCUCGGCGUUAUACGUGUGCAAGCUAUCCAAGAACUCAGCUUGACUACGAACUCCAUGUGUUACGAGAAUCUUCUUCCUUUCAAUCUCUGUGACCAGCUUCCCGGUGGGGAUCUGAUCCUCGAGACGCUUGCUGAGAUGUCUACUUCGAGAGAGCUUCAUCGAUCGAAUAGAUCCAAAGAUACAGCAGGGACGUUACACUCCUCAGCUUCAGAUAUGGUUUCACAGCUUGGUUCUGUGUUCGGAGGGUCGAGUCCAAGAAGCAGAACGAGUGAGAAGACGAGUAGUCUUGUGGUGGGUGAGGUAGUGGUUGGAGAUGUGAAUCCUUUAGAGAGAGCAGUGAAGGAGUCACGUAAGAACUACGAGAAGGUUGUGCUUGCGCAAGAGACUGUUAAUGGUGUCAAGAUGGAAGGCAUCGACACCAACUUAGCCGUCAUGAAGGAACUGAUGCUUCCGGUAAUGGAAACAUGGAAUGUGGUUUUGUCUCUGUUGAAUUGGGACGAUCCUGUGAAGUCUACCGUCUUCUGUCUCUUCUCGAGUUUAAUAAUCUGGAAAGGAUGGGUUGUUUACGUCUUUGCUCUCGCGUCUCUCUUCUCCGCGGUCUUCAUGGUUCUCACGAGAUGUUUGAGCAGAGGGAAGCUCAUGGUCGAGCUGAAAGUAACCGCUCCACCACCUAUGAGCACUAUGGAACAGCUUUUAGCUGUCCAGAACGGUAUCUCGGAGCUAGAACAGAACAUUCAAGACGGGAACAUCGUUCUCCUCAAGUUCCGAGCCUUACUAUUCUCUCUUUUCCCUCAGGCGAGCGAGAAGUUUGCAGUUGCGAUGGUGGUUGCAGCUACCAUGCUGGCUUUUGUUCCGGGACGUUACUUGCUUCUGGUGGUGUUUGUGGAGCUUUUCACGAGAUACUCGCCGCCGCGACGAGCAAGCACGGAGCGGCUGAUUAGGCGGUUGAGAGAGUGGUGGUUUAGUAUACCGGCGGCUCCUGUGAUCCUCCAACAUGAUGACAAGAACGAAACCAAGAAAAAAAAAUGAGUAAGGGAAUGUUUGUUUUUCUUAGUAGUUGCACAGUAUGUACAUACUUAAUGUUCUAUACUUACGGCAUAUAUGUACAUUUUAUGCAUGGUAAUCUUUUUCGUGCUUUUGUGUGUUAUGAGUUAAUAUUCGGGAGUUAAAUCUUGAAAUUAAUAAAAGUAUUUACAAGUUUGGGA